AUGUCUAACCCUCAAGAUAACCCAGGCACUCCUCCACAACCUACCGCCUCUGAUUCAUCCAUACCACCUCCACCCAGCACAACCCCUCAACCUAGGAGAAGGCGAGUAAAAAUGCUUGCUCGUAAAACGGUGGCAACUGGUGCUCUUUUAAAGAAGUUGAACGAGAAAUUAAAGCCAAGCCAAGCCCAAGAUUCUGAGAACUCAAACGAUUCAUUCAAAUUUUCAAACAAUAGGUUUGUUCUUGUUGGGUCUGUUAGGAAUGUAGAAUUGCCUGAGUCAAGAAGGAGAGGUGUACCAGCUAUCUGUGGGGUUGAACAUGCAACUGUGGAAGAAAGUAGAAAGAAGACAGGGGGAAGUGGCUCAGGGGAGGCUGCUGAAGGGUUGGUUAAUCUUAGUUCACAGGUAGAUGAACCUGGUUCAUCUGUUGAGGAGACCCUAACAGACCUUUUGAAGAAAGUGGGUGCUAGCUAUGAUCCAAAGAAAAGGAGAACCCCAACACCAAAAGCCCCCAACACUGCAAAACCUUCCAAGAAAAGAAAGGCUCCUUCCCCAACAACUGCUGAAAUUCCCUUGCCAAAGGGGAGAGCCACAAGAAGUAUGAAGAAGAGGAUGGAUAAAGGAAAAACUAAGGUUGCAGAGCCUUCUGAGGCUGUUGAUGUUGAGGAGAUAGAACAGGUACAUGAGGAGGAACAUACAACUGUGGAGGUUCAGACCUCCAAGCCUAAAAAGACUAGGACUUCUUCCAAGAAGUUUUCAUCAGGGUCUAAGGUUGCUGAACCUUCAUUGGCCAAGAGGACAAGGUCUGCAGUGAAAAACAAACCAGUUAAAAUUGCUGAGGAUGAAGAAUGGAGUGGUGAAGAAGAGAGUGAGUCUGAUAGUGAACAGGACAAGCUUGCCAAGUUUGAGGUCAAGGAUGGCAGAGUUACCAGCCAAGUGAAAGGAGUUCCAGUGACCUUCGAUGCAGAGAAGCUGGGUGAGAUUCUUGACAUCCCUGUUGAGGGAUAUGAUGACUACACUAGGCAAAGAUAG